GCAGCUUGACAGCUUCCUUGAUGUCUUGAACAACAUCUCGAGGAUCGGCCUUGCCUCACCUAUAACUCAAGGUGUCAAGCUUUCAUUAAUGGAUCACAGCGGCGUUUCUCAGGUCGGAAGCAGACCUUCUAAAUCGAAAGAUAAGGAGAAGAAUCGUAGCGUUGGCACUGGUUCGGGGACGCGAUAUAAAGAGAAAUUUCAAGCUUUACGAGAGAAGUAUGAGCUCGUUACACAGGCGCAACAACUGAGGCAGAAGGAACUGGAAGUCGCUACAGGGAGAAUGAAAGGCUUACAGGAGGAGAUUGAUAUGCUCCUGGAUGCCUUCAUUGAAAUGGCCCAUGCUUCACCUGUCCUGAGGAUCGACGAACCACCACCAGCUCAGCCAACUCGUGAAGAAUACGCCGCUCGUCGUCGUUCGUUGUCGUCAACGAGGGAUCAAACACCUCAUAGAAAUAGCGAACCCAGUUUGUUCGUUCAGCACCCUCUAGGAUCUCAUACAGCGCCACCACCACUACCACAGGCGAAUUAUACCAACGGAACUACCAACGGAAAGCGGAAACGGAGAAGAAUUACUGAAGACGAUGCUGAUACAGAAGAAGAAGCGAGAAGAGGUAGUAAUAUGGCUUUCAUAACCGAAAUAAUCAACCCUCACGAGCGAUAGCCGCAGUUCGUCCUCAUCUCGAUGAGGGCAGCAGAUCGCAUGUUCUCCCACCUAUUCCCGUUCAAAGCCUUCUUUCUGUUUUUUUUGGUUCUUCUGAAGCCUGCGGAUAUCUAAUUUUGUCUGAGGCUUUUCUCUCUUUACACGAGGCGCCUUGUUGGGUGCCUCAAAUUUCUCAAGCCCACAUUUUAUUGAAUAUUCUCGCCGUUAUUCGCACCUGUUCUAAAGAUCAUCUCUUCUAUUUUUCCCCUGCCUUAGUAGUGUACCGCCAUGUAAUAUCUAUCAUCAAAUCUCCACCUGAUUAACAGUUCCGUC